AUGGAAGACAAUAAGCUAAUUCAGGAAAUGAAAAGACACGCUGUUAUCGUUGCUAUACACGCGAAUCACAGCGAUCUUGAAAUCUCCCGAUUUUUGAAAGUCUCCCGAUUUUUUGUUAACAAAGUUCGUCGAGAGUUAGCAGCAUCUGAUGGCAAUGUGGAAAGUGUUGCCAAACGUAAAAAACAUGAAGCACAUUCUGAUAAAGUUAGAACAUCACAGUUUGUGCAGAAAGUUCAGGGCAUUAUUGAUGAAGACCCUUCAAAGUCUAUAAGGGCAAUAUCGAAAGAUCUCCAAGUUUCUGAGUGCACAAUUCGUCGCAUUAUCCACGAAGACAUCCGGUACAAGUCUUACGCAAUGCGUACAGGUCAGUUCAUGUCUGCACAAAUUCGAGAACAGCGAUUCAUUCAGGCAUAA